AACAAACAUUUCAAUCAUAUCAAUAAAACCAAUGUAUUAUCAAAUAAUUAGCAGUUGCCAUAGAAAUACAAACCACUACAAUUACAAAGCUAGACUGUCGCCAUAAUGUGUAAUAGGUAUGUAUAUAAGUAAAAUUGCCUUCUCAACUUCAAAACGAAAAAAGGUUUGGUUUAAUUAAAUAAUUAUACUCCAUCUAUAAUGUUAUUGUCGCGGGUAAAACCAGCGGUAGAACCGCAAUCUGAGGAAAAACAAGUAUCUUAUAAUCAUAAAAUAUCAUCUAAAGAUUUGAUACAGAAAAGAGAUUACACAGGAGCCCUCACCAUAUUAAAAUUUGAUUUGGAAAAAUCAAAAGAAGACGUAGAACUGGAACAAUGGGUAGCAUAUUGUUAUUUUCACCUAGGCGACUAUAAAAACGCAAUGAACAUUUAUAAGAAGCUUAGUGAGAAUUCGAAACCAAAACAUGUAUUUGUGAAUUUAGCUUGCUGUUAUUUUUAUCUAGGCAUGUAUCCAGAAGCCGACGAAGUUCUACAAAAAUCUGAUUUCUCUGAAGUGAAAAUCCGAUUGCAAUUUCAUUUGGCACACAAGCAAGGCGACGAGAAAAAGCUCAUGGAAUUUCACGAGCUUUUAGCUGACGUUGUAGAAGAUCAAAUAUCCCUUGCAGCCAUACAUUACUUGAGAUCGCAUUACCAAGAAGCAAUCGACAUUUAUAAAAAACUAAUGGUCAACAAUAGAAAAUUCUUGGCGUUGAACGUUUAUAUGGCUCUAUGUUACUACAAAUUAGACUUUUAUGAUAUCUCUCAAGAAAUAUUAGACGUGUACAUUAAAAAAUAUCCUGAUUCCAUGAUACUACUAAAUUUAAAAGCGUGCAAUUUGUACAGACUUUACGACGGCAAAGCGGCGGAAGCAGAAUUAAAAAAUCUGAUAGCAAGACGAUCGUCGACGUUUAAAUUUUGCGAAGACCUAAUUAAGCACAACAUGGUCGUAUUCCGAGACGGAGAAGGAGCCUUACAAGUGUUACCGCCUCUCGUUGAUAUCCUUCCGGAAGCUCGUCUCAACUUGGUGGUUUAUUAUUUAAAACAAGGAAACAACGAAGAAGCAUACGAACUAAUCAAAGACUUGGAACCUGCUAUUCCACAGGAAUACAUAUUAAAAGCUAUUGUUAAUGUGGUUGUAGGCCAAGAAAAAGGGGAUUCAAAACAAAUCGAGACCGGACAACAUUUGUUCAAUAUGGUCGGUAGCAGUUCCAGCGAGUGCGAUACCAUACCAGGAAGACAAUGUAUGGCUUCGUCUCUCUUUUUGGAAGGACGUUACGACGAAGUCAGUCUGUAUUUAAGUUCCAUAAAGAGUUAUUUUUCAAAAGACGAUAGUUUCAAUUUCAAUUUUGCUCAGGUAAAAUUAGCUCUGGGCGAAUACAAAGAUGCGGAAGAAAUGUAUUUACAAGUUAAAAAUACUACAAUAAGGGAAAGUUUCGUUUAUAAAAGUCAUUUAACACAUUGCUUUAUUAUGAACAAAAAGCCACAAUUGGCUUGGGAUUUGUAUUUAAAAAUGGAAAACUCUCAAGAUUCUAUAAUAAUACUGCAAUCAAUUGCAAACGAUUGCUAUAAAACUAAUCAAUUUUGGCAAGCAGCUAAAGCUUUUGAUAUGCUAGAAAGAUUGGAUUUGUUACCCGAAUAUUGGGAAGGAAAACGCGGUGCCUGCGCCGGAGUUUUUCAGCAAAUCGUUCUUGGAAAACAAUCAAAUGAUCAACUAGCAGAUAUCAUUCAAUUACUAAGAAAUUCAUCAAACUCACAAGUCGAAAAUAUGAUACGAAUGAUGAAAAAAUGGGCAAAAAAUAACAAAGUCAUAAUUUAAAAUUCAAAUGUGAAAUCGCAUACAC